CGGCAACGCAGUGGUCGAUGUCUGGCAGCGAGAGGUCGGCGAACUAUCCGGCAGGAAUUUCGUUUACAGUCUCGGCGUCUCUGAGGUGUAGCGCACAUCUGUUGUACUUCUACUUCAUCUUCACUUAGAUUGGAUAUACCUGCAUUGCUGCUCGCUGCCUACCUUGGUGCUUGCCGAGCAUUGUGGCAAUGUUAUUUAGGGUUGUAAUGAAACUGAGCAAAUUACCUCUGCUUCCUUGUAUGCCUACCCUAAGAAAUAGGCUUAACCAUGACAAUAUAUUCCUCUGUUAUUGUGGCUUACCUUCCUUAAUCAGGAGCUUUUCCCAAACACCAAAAAUAUACCAGUUAAACAAAAAAAUAUCCCAUUUAAUUCGAUCUGGCAGAUUAAAUGAAGCGAGAGCUUUGUUUGAUUCCAUGAGUGAGCGGAAAAUCAUUACUUGGAACUCAAUGAUUACUGGAUAUGUUCAACGGAGAGAGAUGGCUAAGGCACGUCAGCUGUUCGAUGAAAUGCCUGAGAGGGAUAUUGUGUCUUGGAAUUUGAUGAUAUCAGGCUACAUAUCAUGUCACGUUAGUCGGUACAUUGAGGAGGGAAGAAAAUUGUUUGAUCAAAUGCCGGAAAGAGAUUGUGUUUCAUGGAAUACCAUGAUUAGUGGAUAUGCAAAAAAUGGGAGGAUUGACGAGGCUUUGAAGCUAUUUAAUAGAAUGCCUGAACGUAACAUUGUGUCAUGGAAUGCUAUUAUUACUGGGUUUUUAUUGAAUCGUAAUGUGGCUCUGGCAAUUGAAUUUUUCAAGAAGAUGCCUAGGCGUGAUUCAGCAUCUCUUAGUGCACUUAUAUCAGGACUCAUUCAAAAUGGUGAAUUGGAUGUGGCUGCUAGAAUUCUGCAUGAAUAUGGCAAUAUUGAUGAAGGAAAAGAAGAUUUGGUACAUGCCUAUAACACCCUGAUCGCUGGCUAUGGCCAAAAAGGGAGGGUGGAAGAAGCUCGACGCCUAUUUGAUCAUAUACCAAAUUAUCAAGGUCAAACAGAUGCAGGUAAAAAUAAAUUUAAACGAAAUAUGGUUUCUUGGAAUUCCAUGAUGAUGUGCUAUGUGAAAGUGGGUGAUAUUCUUUCUGCUAGGGAUCUCUUUGAUCAAAUGGUAGAGCGAGAUACCUUCUCUUGGAACACCAUGAUCAAUGGCUAUGUUCAAAUUUCAGCUAUGGAAGAGGCUUCAACCCUUUUUAGUAAGAUGCCAAAUCCUGACACAUUUUCAUGGAAUUCAAUAAUAUCUGGGUUUGCGCAGAUAGGUGAUUUAAAACUUGCAAAAGAUUUCUUUGACAGGAUGCCUCACAAAAACCUGAUCUCAUGGAACUCAAUAAUAGCAGGCUAUGAGAAAAAUGAAGACUAUAAGGGUGCCAUUAAGCUCUUCUCACAGAUGAAACUUGAAGGACACAGACCAGAUAGACACACGUUAUCUUCAGUCCUUAGCGUCUCUACUGGUUUGGUGGAUCUUUACCUUGGUAAGCAGGUACACCAGCUUGUCACAAAGACUUUUAUUCCAGAUGUGCCAAUAAACAAUUCCCUAAUCACCAUGUACUCAAGAUGUGGAGCAAUUAUUGAGGCACGUAAUGUAUUUAAUGACAUGGAGCUAAAGAAGGAUGUAAUCUCUUGGAAUGCAAUGAUCGGAGGCUAUGCAUCCCAUGGCUUUGCUGCAGAGGCUCUAGAGCUUUUUGAAUUAAUGAAGAGGUCUAAAGUUCACCCUACGUAUAUAUCAUUUGUUUCUGUUUUGAAUGCAUGUGCCCAUGUAGGUUUGGUUGAAGAAGGGAAGAGGCAAUUCCAUUCCAUGAUUAAUGAAUAUGGUAUUGCACCACGAGUCGAGCACUUUGCCUCCCUUGUGGACGUUGUGGGUCGGCAUGGGCAACUUGAGGAAGCUUUAGAUUUGAUAAAUAAUAUGCCAUUUGAACCAGAUAACGCCGUGUGGGGUGCACUCCUAGGUGCUUGUAGAGUCCACAAUAAUGUAGAAUUAGCCCAAGUAGCAGCUGAAGCUUUGAUCAGGCUUGAACCAAAAAGUUCAGCUCCUUUUGUAUUGUUAUAUAAUAUGUAUGCUGAUUUAGGACAAUGGGAUGAUGCAGAGAAAGUGAGAGUGUCAAUGGAAAGAAGAUCAAUCAAGAAGCAAACAGGUUAUAGUUGGGUAGAUUCUUCCAAUUGUCAAUGAUAGUUCUUUAUUGCAGGAAGACUCCAUUUUGUCGAAAUGCCUCAUCAGUGGGCUAUCAGGUCCUCCAUUCUGAUUGAGAUUUGUGGACUAACUAUUGUGAUGUUGCGUCACAAUAGACUUGACAAUUCUAAUGACAGAUCUUUCUUUCUCUAUCUAGUCAUUUGACUGGCAAAUUUUCAAUGUUAUUACCGUUUGAAAUUAACAUUUUAAUUUUAAUGACAGUUAUUUCUUC